UCACAACACAUUCCUUUACUUUUCUUUUAAGAAUUUUAAGUAACCGGAGAAGAAGAAAAAAGAUCUCAGCGGCGAAAUGGACGAGUCAUUGCGUAUGAAGAUGGGUUUGAACGUUGAUCCAUUCUUCUCCAUUGCUCGGAGAUCCAUGGACGCUCGAAAGCCUCGGAUCAACGCUGAAGACUUCGCAGACGUUUUCGGUGGACCGCCGCGCAGCGUCCUCACUAGGAAACUCUCCUGCGACUUUUCCCGCUCCCACUCUUUCUACGACGAGAUUUUCCGACCAGCUGGUAUGUUUUCCGGUGGCACCCUUCCCUCAUCUAAAUCUCACGGCAGAAACUUACCGGCGUUUAGGAUCCCGUCCGGUGGAGAUGGAUUUUACGGCGGCGUGUUCGAUGGGAAGGCAAAGGAGGGAUCUAAGAAGCAGAGACCGGUACCGAAACCGAGGUCGACGCUCACUUUGGAGGAGGUCAGUCCUCAUUAUCCGCCACCGGCGGCGAGGACUUCCGGCGAAGAUUCCGGAAUAUCUUCUUUUACUUCUAGACUCAGACCGUUGAACGUCCCGUCGAGAAGUAAUAAGCGGGAAGAAAUGAAGAAACAGAGUUUCCCGGUGUUUCCGACAUCAUCUUCCGACAACGAUAACACACCGGAAAAAUCCGAUUUUUACUACCAAAAACCACACUUCGGCGGGUCUCGGAGAUCCUCGCCGGAAACCAUGAGCUUGGAUCCGAAUUCCUUCAGGAAGAUGGAUGAUUUCGGACCGAGCUCUCCGGCAUCUUCCCCUGUUUCUUCUUUAGAUGAAGCAGAGGAAAAACAGAGAACCACCAGAGACUGUAAAGUAGAACAAGAAGAAGAAGAAGAUGAAGAUGAGAUGAGCUCUUACGUGAUUGAAAUCAACUCAGACCGGUUUGAUCGUUACAGAGGCGGAGGAAGUGUAGGAAGAGGGAACUCGGAUUCGAACGACAUGGAUGAAGCAAUAGCAUGGGCUAGAGAGAGGUCUCAACGUCCAGAAACAAAGCAAACACGAGAAGACUUUAUUGAUUCAACAAGGAGCGAAGAAGAAGCCAAAUCAGAAGAAGAGAUGGAGAUGGAGAUGAAAGAUGAAGAGAUAAGAAUCUGGUUAACUGGAAAAGAAACCAACAUUAGACUCCUCCUCUCAACUUUACACCAUGUUCUAUGGUCAAAUAGCAACUGGCAAGCGAUACCUUUGGCAAAUCUUCGAGAUAGGUCACAAGUAAAGAAAGCUUACCAAAAAGCUCGGCUUUGUUUACAUCCAGAUAAACUUCAACAGAGAGGAGGAACUUCACCCCUUCAGAAGUCUGUCGCCAGCAGAGUAUUCUCUAUUCUUCAGGAAGCAUGGGCUGUGUACUUAACAAAUGAAGGACUCUCAAGCUAAACCGGAAGUCGCAUUUUCUGGUUUGUAGUAAACCAGAAGUGUUCAAAACCGUUUAUAAUGUCAAAGGAAGAAUAAGAAGAUGAAAAAGAUAGGAGAAUUUGUUUCUUUUAAUGAUUGUGAAAGUUGUGAACAUUCCCAUGUGGUGCAUUUGUGUCUACCAUCGUCAAUGUUCUUA